UUCUCCCUCUGACGUCAUGACAGCAGCAUCAGCUGUUAGCUCUGCUUUAAGCCUUUUCGCUGCCGAUCGCUGCCUGCACAAAGGAAAUAUAUGAGAUCCCCUCUAAUCCCUGAAAUGGCGACACAGGAGGUACAGCUGAACGAGACUCUGGCCCACCUCAAAACGGAGUCGGAGACGCUGAAGACGAAGCUGGAGGAGGAAAGAGCGAAGCUGCACGAUGUCGAGCUACAUCAGGUGGCGGAGAAGGUGGAGGGGCUGGGUCAGUUUGUUAUGAAGACCCGGAGAACUCUGAAGGGACACGGCAACAAAGUUCUGUGUAUGGACUGGUGUAAGGACAAGAGGAGGAUCGUCAGCUCCUCACAGGAUGGGAAAGUGAUUGUUUGGGAUGCUUUCACCACCAACAAGGAGCACGCUGUGACAAUGCCUUGCACCUGGGUGAUGGCCUGCGCCUACGCCCCGUCCGGCUGUGCUGUAGCUUGUGGGGGCCUGGAUAAUAAAUGCUCAGUGUAUCCUCUGUCUCUGGAUAAGAAUGAGAACUUGGCUGCCAAGAAGAAGUCAGUGGCCAUGCACACAAACUACCUGUCCGCCUGCAGCUUCACCAACUCCGAUAUGCAGAUCCUGACCUCCAGCGGGGACGGGACGUGUGCAUUAUGGGAUGUGGAGAGUGGGCAGCUGUUGCAGAGUUUCCACGGACACGCAGCAGACGUGCUCUGUCUGGACCUGGCCCCCUCCGAGACCGGAAACACGUUUGUUUCAGGGGGCUGUGAUAAGAAGGCCAAUGUGUGGGACAUGCGCUCAGGACAGUGUAUUCAGUCCUUUGAAACUCAUGAAUCAGACAUAAAUAGUGUGCGAUAUUACCCCAGCGGAGAUGCAUUUGCAUCUGGCUCAGAUGAUGCCACAUGCCGCCUGUAUGACUUGAGGGCGGACAGAGAAGUUGCUAUUUAUUCCAAAGAGAGCAUCAUAUUUGGGGUCUCCAGUGUUGAUUUCUCUCUCAGUGGUCGGCUACUGUUUGGCGGCUACAAUGACUACACCAUAAAUGUUUGGGAUGUUCUCAAAGGAACACGGGUCUCUAUCCUGUUUGGACACGAGAACCGUGUCAGUACGCUGCGUGUUUCCCCAGAUGGGACAGCCUUCUGCACAGGCUCCUGGGACCACACUCUUCGGAUCUGGGCUUAAGGACAAAGACACAGAGGAUUAAAUGGUACACAGACCUACUGAAGACACACCAACGUUUCUGUUGCUAGAGUACAAUCACAAAGAUAGAGACUCGGUUUUGGUUGUAAAUACGGCAUAUCAAUAGCAUUGUAUAUACUCCAGUCUCAUGGCCACGGUAGAUUUACAGAGUAACUAAACCAAACGGCACGCUUGUAUUCCAGUAUGACUGAAAGAAAACUGCACAGAAGUACUAAAGGUGACAACUUAAAGAUGUAAAAUGUAUAUUGCAGAAAAUAACAUUGGUAGUGACUAGCAUCAGUUUAGGAUAGAUUUGACACAAUAAAGUGAUGUGUGUGCCCACAUAAAGGACAUUACUUGUUUAUUUAUGUUUUUUUGCACAAAAAAUAAUGGAGGAAUGCAGUCUGAAAAUGAAAUACUAGGAAACAAAAUACAUCUGCAGGAGGAGCAGUACAGUUUUUAUGAAGGCUGCAGCUUUGCUUUCCCAUAACAGACUGAGAAAAGAGAGAAGGAUGGAUGGAGAGUUGUGGCUCCUCUAUAAAUUAAAUAGUAAAUAUAGUAUUGGAUAUAAAGAAGCAUUUACAUAAGAUAUUAUUUAAAAAAAAAAAAACGCACCCUGUGCACCCAACAAGCCUUGAAAGCAACUCACCUGCCAAUAUUAUUCUAAUGUAAAGAGAAAAAAGCACAUAUUUAAAGGUAAAGCUAAACCACAUAAUGUUGAUUUUACCUCCUUAUGAUUUUCAAAGAUGGUUUACCUCUCAUCCGUCUGUUUCCAGCUGUGGAAGCCACUUCCUGCUUUAUGUGCACACUGCAGACACCCUGAACCCUGUGGUCCCCCACUAGAUAUCUAAACACAAAUAUAUGAUAAUAAAAAAAAUGUCUAAAUUCUUAGAAUGUACUCCUUUUCAUGCAGUUGUCCAAUGGCUGUAAUUUCAUAUUUACUGCAAUUAUUUUAUUGUAGUUUAGUGUACAGUUAUUAAAGGGACUGUUUAUCAAAGUAUUGCAAACAUAAUAAACUGAGUUUUGAAUAUCA